AUGUCUGAUUCUGAUUUGUGUAUUGAGUGUGAUAAGGUUGUGAAGCCACUGCAACAUGCCAUCACCUGCGAUGUAUGUGACCGUUGGCAGCAUAGAGUCUGCGAUACAGUACCAGUACGCGAUGUUCUCAGUGUGACGUCAGAUGCAACCUACAUCGUAGGCCCCAGCCUCAACGACAGUCGCGAGCAGCUAUUCGAUGUAACCAGAGAUGGACCUGUUGACACAACUGUAAUCCAUGAAAGGUCGAUCGGAGAGCCGAUGCUGUCGUGCAACGUCGUUGACGAGGCCGAAGUAGAGUACGAGGUCGUCGAAGAGGGUUCCAACCGGAAGCGACAGAAGCUGGUGUCAUCGGAUGGGUUUUCGUACUGUGUCAAGAGAGAGACCGAUUCCAGUAGGCAGUGGAGAUGCAGCAUCAGACGAAAAGACAUGUCUUGCUAUGCGUCGGUUAAUCAGCGGGGUGAGGUGAGACAGAAAGCACUGCGAGACGUUCACGCUCCCGCUGGGAGCAUCGUCGAAGGAAACAUGGUAGGCGUUUUCAAGGACGGUGAAUUCAACAUACCGCGUCCCUCCAACUUGCUGAGACGGGUCAACCGAUCGCGCCAGAAAGUCCGCCCGAAAGAUCCCACGUCUCUGGACUUUGAGGUCGACACUGACUACCCGCAGGAUGUAUAUAAGGUAUAUAACAGGUCAAUAUAUUUUGAUGAAUACAUGAACAGAAUGUAA